AUGGGGCACCCCCUGGGCCCCCACAGCUCCCCGGCCCCGGCCGGCACCAUGGCUAUACCCGGGCUCAUUCCGGACCUCAUCGCCAGGCUCCCUUGGCCCCGCUGGGCAAUCAUUGCCAUCGCUGUGGCUGCCGGCGUCCUCAUGGUCUCCUGCCUCCUCUGUGUUGUCUGCUGCUGCCGCCGUGGCCACAGGAAGAAGCCCAGGGACAGGGAGGCUGUGAGCCUGGGCAGUCCUCAAGGGACCACCAGCACCUACCUGGUGCAACCGGAUGUGGCUACCUCAGAGACUGCCCCGGAGGACGCCCAGCACUGGGGGCGCCUGCAGCUCUCCCUGGAGUAUGACUUCUCAAGGCAGGAGAUCAAGGUGGGCCUCAAGCAGGCCGCGGACCUGAGGGCCUAUGGGCCGGGCGGCACGGCAGACCCCUUCGCCCGCGUCAGCCUCUCCACCCAGGAAGGGCACAGCCACGAGACAAGGGUGCACCGCAGCACGCUCUGCCCCGUGUUUCAGGAGACCUGCUGCUUCCACAUACCGCAGGAAGAGCUGGCUGGGGCCACACUGCGGGUGCAGGUGCUGGGCUCCAAGCGCUUCUCUGCCCCCGAGCCGCUGGGGGAGCUCAGCCUGCCGCUGGGCGCCGUCGACCUGCAGCACGUCCUGGAGCAGUGGCACCAGCUGGGCCCGCCGGGCGCCACGGAGCCCGAGUUGGGAGAGCUGUGUCUCUCGCUCCGCUACGUCCCCAGCUCUGGCCGGAUGACCGUAGUCGUGCUGGAGGCGCGAGGUCUGAGCCCGGGCCUGGCAGACCCCUACGUGAAGGUCCCUCAGCGAAAGUGGCGGAAGAGAAAGACGUCGGCUCGCAAGGGCACAGCCUCCCCCUACUUCAACGAGGCCUUCACCUUCCUUGUGCCCUUCAGCCAGAUCCAGGUGGGCUGCCUGGAGGAAGGGGUGGGUGGGGACCCCCCCCUUGGGGCCAAACCGACCGCUGUCUUUCUCUUCCCCCAUGCACCUCUGCGGGCCUCCGCCCAGAGCGUGGACCUGGUGCUGGCUGUCUGGGCCCGGGGCCCACAGUUUCGGGCUGAGCCGGUGGGCAAGGUGCUGCUCGGUGCCCGGGCCUCUGGUCAGCCCCUGCAGCACUGGGCAGACAUGCUGGCCCACGCCCGGCGGCCCGUCGCCCGGUGGCACCCCCUGCGUCCGGCCAGGGAGGUGGACCGUGCUCUGGGCCUAAAGCCCCGCCUGCAUCUGACCUUGCCCGGCUCCCGGGACUGA